AUGGUAGCUGUGCGCGCGGGGCGAGCUGUGCAGGUUGUCCGGGCUUCUCAGGCUUGUCGGGCUGCUCGGGCACGGGCCCGUGCCAGCCCCGUGUUCGGCGUGUUCGGUGUGGUCGUGGCCAGCGUUUUGGCUUGCUUGGCGCUGCUGAGGGCUUCUGGUUCCGCAGGCCUUGAAGGCUUCCUUCUGGGCCGCCGCGCUGCGCUGACGCCGCUGGUGCCGCUUGUGGUGGCUCCUGGGGUUGCUUGGGCCGACGGCUCCGACUUAAGGAGCAUCAAGGAACUCGCCGCUGGCUCCAGAAAGCUGGACGACGCCCUGAGGUCUGGGCGCCCGGUGGUUGUGGACUUCUCUGCCGCCUGGUGCGGUGAUUGCAAGGCAAUGGCACCCAAGCUGCAAAAGAUCCGCCAGGAAAUGGCGGGAAAGAACGUCGACUUCGUCACGCUCGAUGUGUCCUUCGCGGGACCAGGACAGGACAUGCCGGACACGUUCCCGUACGACCGGGACACGGAUAAGUGGGCUCGAAAGUUCAAGGUGGAUGGCCUGCCCCACGUAGCUCUGGUGGACUCCACCCAUCGGGUGCAGACUGCUUUGGUGGGAGAUGUGCCAUAUGACAUCAUGCAAGCGGAUAUAGAAGCUCUUCGUGCAGGAAAAAACCUGCCAUUUGUCAUGUAUGACGCCUUCAAGAACAAGCCCAGUAACGACAUCUUGGCCAACUGA